UCUAGUUUUAAAAUAGGUAACUUGUUUGACAAACAAAACCAAGUCUACUGAUAACCCGGCAGCCAUCAUGAAAACUAUCGAGUAAUUGCUUACUCAAGAAAUCUCUCUCUAUAUUUAUCUUCAUAGGAAACCCAAAGUUGAAAAAACCAGAACAAAAGACCUCAACCGAGGGCUCCGGUGAUGUCGGAUCAAACAAAAACAGUCCCUUCUUCCAAUCCCACUGUCGUUGAUGAUCCUUACAAGCGCCUCGAAAUCACUCGUAACCCCAAUGGCUCGCUUACGCGCAACCCUAAUAGGUUUCCCAACACUUCAGCCACACCUGAUCCGGACCCAACUGUCCCGGUUCUCUCCAAAGAUGUCACUAUCAACCAAACGACACACACAUGGGCUCGUGUGUUCCUCCCCAGGCAGAAACCGCUUGAUACGAACAAGUUCCCUCUCAUAGUUUAUUACCAUGCAGGAGGCUUCAUCCACUGCAGUGCGGCAUCCACGAUCUUCCAUGUUUUUUGCUCAAACAUGGCGUUGGAACUCCAAGCCAUCGUCGUGUCCGUCGACUAUCGUCUUGCUCCUGAGCAUAGGCUUCCUGCUGCUUACGACGACGCUAUUGAAGCGUUGCUCUGGAUCAAAACCACCCAAGAAGAGUGGUUGACACAAUACGCAAAUUUCACCACUUGUUUCGUUAUGGGGUCGAGUUCAGGUGCUAACAUAGCCUACCAUGCAGGAAUACGUGUGGCGGAAGAAGCCGACGGUCUUCGACCCUGGAAGAUCCGAGGGCUAAUAUUGCACCAACCAUUCUUCGGCGGGUCCGUAAAGGUUGAGUCAGAGUUAAGAUUGGUUAAUGAUCCCGUAUUGCCUCCUGGUGUGGGGGACCUGAUGUGGGAACUGGCUUUGCCUAUCGGAGCUGACCGUGACCACGAGUACUGUAAUCCAACAACAACCAAGGGGACAAACCUUACGGAGAAGCUCGCUGCAGUAGGAUGGAAAGUGUUGGUGACCGGCUGUGACGGCGACCCUUUAAUCGACCGUCAGGUGGAGCUCGUAAAAUCAAUGGAAGAAAAGGGUGUAAAGGUAGUGAGCCAUUUUCGUAUGGGGGAUCAUCAUGGAGUGGAUUUUAUGCAGCCUGAUAAGGCCAACGCACUGUUUUUGGUCUUGAAGGAUUUUAUUGCAUCUGCAACCUCAGUUACAAUAAAUGCAAAUGUUGAAUGAAUUUAUAGCUAUCUUUAUCAUGCAAUAAUGGUAUGUAUGUAUAGGGCAGUGGAUUAUCUUACUAGUGGUCCUAAAAAAGUAAACUCUUGAAAUAUUUUUAUUUCACCAGAAUAUUUUAGCUAGAUGCUUUUAAUUUA